AUGGACAAGAAAGACCACAGAAGGGAUUCUUCCCAGACAGAGUCUCAGCAAGACGCUAGCUAUGAUUUGGAGAAGAGGGUCGACUCGGAGAACGAGUACCAUGAAGACUUCAGCUCGUCUGGCGAUGAGAACGUCGCCACAAACCGUAUUGACGCUGAUGCAGAGGUCAUUACUGAUCGAGGUGUCUACCGUGUGGAGGCUUUAAAGAAGGUGUUGUAUACGCAUAAGAAUGGUCUUAGAAUGAGAGUCAUUUUGGGUAUUUCGGUGCUUCUAUGUGCCUGGGCAUCUUCUUUGGACUCGUCUGUUACCAACAGUUUGCAGCCAUGGGCGACCUCGGCAUUCAACCACCAUUCGAUGGGUCUUGGUACGCUUAAUAUUGCCAUUCAGAUUAUCACGGCUAUCUCCAAGCCCGUUUGGGCUAGAACUGCCAACAUCGUGUCUCGUCCUGCUACGUACAUGUUCUCCAUGGUGUUCUAUGUCAUCGGCUAUGUUAUCGUGGCUUCGAGUCAUACCAUCUCUGCCUAUAUCGUGGGUUCAGCUUUAGCUGCUGCAGGUAGCUCAGGUGUCGAUUUCUUGAACCUGAUCAUUGUUGCCGAUAUGACAUCUUUGAAAUGGAGAGCUCUCGCUACGUCCAUUUUGAGUACUCCCUUCAUUAUCAACACCUGGUACGCUGGUUACAUUGUUCAGGAUUUGGGUCCUACUGGAUGGAGAUGGGGUUAUGGUAUGUUCUGUAUUAUCAUGCCAGUCGUUCUCUCCCCAGCCACUAUCAUCAUGUUCUUCUAUGAGGAUAAGGCCCACAAUAAGCUAGACCAGCAGGAGAGGUCUGACUACAGAGAGGAGAUGGGUUUCAAGAAAAAUUGGAAAAAGCUUCUCUGGAGAGUUUUCAUUGAAGUUGAUGCCUUCGGCUUGGUUGUCUUGGGUUUUGCUUUCUCUUUACUUUUGCUUCCAUUUUCUUUAUAUGCGGGUGCAGACAACCAAUGGAAAAACCCAAGUUUGAUUGCAAUGUUCGUGGUUGGAGGUAUCUUGCUCAUCUUCUUCUUUGCUUAUGAGUUCCUUUGGGCCCCAUUCCCAAUUGUGCCCAAGAGAUGUAUCAACAGAACCCUUGCUGCGUCUGUGGUUAUUGACUUUAUCUACCAGCUCGCUGGUAUGGUGCCUCUCGUGUACUUUUCAUCCUUUGUAUGGAUUGUCAAGGACUGGAGCAACCAGGAUUGGACUUACUUUAACAACACCUUGACCAUGGCACUUUGUGUUUUUGGUGUUGUUGCCGGUAUUUGCAUGAGAGUGACCCACAGAUACAAAGUCUUCCAGUACUUUGGUGUUGUUUUAGCUAUCCUCGGCUCUGGUAUUAUGAUUGAUGGAAGAACAGCUAGUGACAACACUCAGAGGAUUAUCUGGUCGCAGAUUCUUUCUGGUAUGGGAGGAGGUUUCAAUGUUGUUGCUUCUGGUGUUGCCUUGCAGGCAUCCAUUCCUCAUAGAGAUAUGGCGAUCUCAAUCUCUAUUGUGAGCUUGAUUUCGUCUAUUGGAUCUUCCAUUGGAUCUUCCAUCUCCACUGCUAUUUGGCAAGGCAAGAUGGAAGAUUCUUUGAGGAAGUAUAUGCCUUCUUCAGUCACUGACGAACAAGUUCUGGGUUUCUUUGGCAACAUCGCUACGCUUCGGAACUACGAGAUCGACAGCGAGGUCAGGCAAGCAGGUAUCAGAGCUUAUAGAGAGGUUAACUUUUAUUUCUACCCAAUCGCUUUGAGUUUACAGGCAAUUCGUCUUGCAGCAGUCUUCUUCCAGAGCAACUACUACCUUGGUGAUACGCAUAAUGCAGUGGAAGAUGAUGAUGGGAAGCCACUUCACCCUGAGGACCAAGACCCUGAGAAGAAGAACGAACAGAAAAGCUGGAAGCAUAUUUUGCUUGGUAUUGACAGUUAA